AUGUGGCAGCGUCCCCGCGCCGCCGCCGUGGCCCGCCAGGCCCGCCGCCGGCCCGUUGGCCCGCGCGCCCCCGCGCGCCUCCGCCGCCCUCGCCGCCUCCGGCGCGCCUCCACCCCGCCGCCGCGGUACCCCGCACCGCCACCUCCCGCGCUCGGCCGCCGGCGCCGCCGACCGCCGCCGCCCGGGGCCCCGCCGCCCUUCGCCACGCCGACCGCCGCGGUACCCCGCACCGCCACCUCCGCGUGCGGCAUGUCCUUGGAAGAUGAUCCGUUCUGGAAAAAGAAGUCGCAAGAUAAACCGGCGAAGACACCUCAUGUCAAGACUAAGGCCACCAAGAGGCCUGCCAAAAAGAAAAAUGUUGAACCGUCUGAACCAAACGUUGAUGAUGAUCUGGAUAGUCCGGAUUCAGAGGAUGAAGCUGAAGGCAGCCAAGCUGAUGAUGUAGUGGGAACACCUCAUUCAUCCUCUGGCGAGUCAACGGCCACACAACUUCCAACCCCCAAGAUGGUUCCUGGUGCCAAGCCUAGACCCAGAAAGAAGGCCCGGUUAAAUAAACCGGCUGACGACAAUGUAGUAAUUGAACUGGAAAAAACUCCAAAUCCGGAAGGAACAAAUGCUGACGCCAUGCUUGAUGAUCCGCCACCACAAGAUUAUGAUUUUGUUGUUGAACAACUGGAGGUUGUUCCAAUGGGACAUGCUGAUAAAACGACAAGCCCGGUCCGAGCUACUGACAAACCGUCAAGCCCAGUCCGCGCCGCUGAUAAACUGUCAAGCCCAGUCAAGGCUGCAGAUGACAAGGCUGAUGAUGUUAUGAUUACUGGCGUUGGUCACACCACCCCUGGUAAUCCUAUUGCUUUAUCAAAGCAUAGUGCCAAAGAAGAGCUUUUUCCAUGGGCAAAGGCUAAGCUGAGCAAAAAGGAAGCCCAAACCGUUGAUCUUCAAGCGAACAUCAAAUCCCAGCAAGCAGAAACCUCCAAAGCCAAGGAUGAACUGACCAGUGCCUUAUCAGCCAUGGAAAAGCUGAAGGAAAAUUUCAAGAAGGAGCGGGCGGAUUGGGACAUAGGGAAAACCGCAUUGCAAAAGAGAGAUGAAGAUGCAGAAGCAACCCUUAAACCAGUGGCAGAAGAGCUGACUGGUUUAAAGCGGCAGAUAAAUGCCAUGACCACUGCUAUGGACUCGCAUUACCCAUCUGGGCUCUGA